UGCGCUGGCGGGCUGCACGGGCCGCAGUGCAGUGGAUGUGACGAGACCAGAGUUCGAACAACACAGUGAGCGGUGUGACACCCGGCUCCCGGCUCGGCCGGCAUGAAGAAGGUCGACAACACCGUGGCCAACAACACUUGCGACAAUGUGUUCUUCACCAAGAGCUCCAGCUACGCCAAGAGUAUCCCUCUGCACGGUGUGAACAGCCUGCAGCCGGAGCGUGCGCGGCUGCCCGGCUGUGACCGGCAGGUGUCGGCGGCCGGCUGCUGGACACCGGACCGGCAGCCGGCGCUGGGCCGCUGCCCGUGCGGCCGCGACGUGCCCGUGGUACGUCACGUGAGUCGCAGGGACCCCGUCUCCAACAUCACGCUGGCUGUGGGCGUGGCUCUGCUGCUCUGCGGCCUGGCCACCGCGCUGCUCGGCGUCUACGGAUACCUACUUAAGGGCAGCAGUCAGUUUUAUAUCGGCUCGGCUGCUAUUUCCGGUACGGUGGUGUUCUGGACAGGAGUAUCGGGAAUUCUGACCGCCCGUCGAUUCGGCAGCAACACAGUCGUCAGAGGUUUUCUGGCCAUCUCGACUCUGGGCCUGCUGGCCAGUAUCGGUCUGAUCAUCAUCGGCCAUCUGGGCGCGCGCCGCCACUCGGGACUGCUGGUCGACGUGCUCGGGGGCGGCCAGGUGUGUCUGGGCGUCAUCAACGUCAUCCUGCUCGUCAUCGGCAUGGUGGCGUCCGCGUGCUGUCGGAUGACGCCCAGGGAGCUCGAGCAGCGCCGCCGGCUGUACCUGAACGGGGCGCCACUGUACUCCUAGUGAGGGUGGAGGGGACAGACGGAGAUGGAGUGACGAGCUGCGUGGACUGUGGUUAGAGUCGAGCUGAGUAAGGGGGUGAAGAGAGCUCGUAGAAACGGUGCGCUCUGUAACUCACCCGGUGGUUCUGUAGAGGCGAGGAGAUCGCAAGAACGAGCUGUGAUAGUGAAAAGUGGCAGUGAAGUGGCAUGGUGUGGUCAAAGUACGUGACGAAAACGGCAGACGCUGGUGAGAAUAUAUGAAGUAACGCAAGAACAAAAUAAUGGCGUUAUUUUACCGUUUCAUGCACUUUAAAAAAGAGCUACAUCUCCUAAAGGCGACCGUGCUCCACACACCAUACACGCCGUAACUUACAAUAGCUGCAACUCUGUCGCCUUUCUGAAUCACUAGUUCCGAGCUUCCCCGCUGGGUCCCCUCUGGCGCUGCUGUCGGCUAUGGAGGAGAUAUUCGUGAUCCGCCUACGGAGUCCGCCGGCGACGACCGCCGUGCCGCCCAGCGAGCAGAAGUACUCGGCCGAGACGGUGCUGGGGCUGGGCGGCGUGCACUUGGUGCUGGCGGCGCUGGCGCUGCUGUUCGGGGCGCUGGCGCUGGCGCUAGAGCCGGACGCUCAGCGGCUCGGCGCCGCCGGCUGGAUCUGGGCGCUGUUCGCCGUCACCGGCACCAGCGGCGCGCUGGCCGGCCGCCGCUGGUACGAGAACGCGCACAUCCGCUGGUUCUGCGUGCUGUCGGCGGCGUCGGCGGCCGGCGCGGCUCAGCUGGCCGCUCUGACGGUCACCGGACUGGUGGAGCGGCAGCUGGCGCUGGACGAGCGCCGUCGCGCCGCCGCCGCCGACCCGUUCACCGCCCCGCUGUCGGCCGAGCACGAGCGGCGUCAGUCCCUGUCGGCCGCCAGCGCCAACCUGCUGGUGACGGCGCUGCUCGAACUCGGCUGGUCGGUGGUGACGGCGUGCGUGGCCUGGCGCGGCUGGCGCGCGCCGGAGGCCUCAGUGACCAGGCCGGCGGGCGGCGGGCCGGACCUGCUGCGGGGCGUACCGCGUCCGCUGGCCGACUGUCAGGUAGCGCGGAUGAACCCUCUCUGCGCCGACACCAGCACGCUCGACUACCGGGAGCGGGUGCAGCGGUUUCUGGACGAGGCGCUGGAGCUGGCCGCCCGUCAGUCGCAGCCGUCAGCGGCCGGUCACACGCUCGAGGUGAUCACCGUGGACGGAGAGGGAGGGCAGCAGGAGUGGAGCGAGCUGCACGGACUCGAGGAGCGGGUCUGGAGUGUGACGAGUGACCGGCCGGCCCGGGAGUGACGGAGUGCCCGACCGUCGGACCUAGGCGAACGGUGUGUGGUGGCUUAACACUACCGGCAAUAUUAGAAAGGUUGGGUAGAGAGGUAGGUGAGUACGCUAAUGCGAUAGCCGAAGAUAUCGUGAACUUCUUGUCUGUCUCGUGGAGGAGGGGCUGAGAAGUAUGGAGAGUUGGUAAGACGGGUGGAUAAUGGACAUGUCAUGUAUCCUUACGUUGAUCUGUGCGGGUGCUGAUGGUAUAAAUCGUACGCAUUACUGGCCACCUAGUCCUGCGAUCCUGCCACGUUGCCCCUCUUUGUCAACCGGGCUUGAAAAUAUAAUUCCACCUGAUGCAUGCCCUGUCAAAUAAAGUCGGCUAUUA